UUUCUGACCAAAAACAACGACCUCUACUACCGAAAGUUUAUACACUUUGCUAUAAUUUUGAUUUCAUAAUUUUUUUUUACAGUAUUGAAUUUAUAUAUUGGAAUAAUGGCUUACGAACACGUAAAUCCAGAAGUAGAAUUGAAGGUGAAGGAGGAAGAUUUAGAAAUUACUGAGGAGUUUAUUGAACCAAACGGAAAUAUUAUUGCAAGAGAAACUGGCAGAACAUAUUACGAGGCCAAUAAUAUGAAACUGGAAAGUGAUGUUGGAGAGAAAGAUAGAAAUGAAACUCAGGAAAAAUUCGAGUGUUGUUUGUGUGAAUUUUCGACAAUCUGGAUAGGCAAUAUCAGGAGACAUGUGAACAUUGUGCAUUUUAACAAAAAAGAUUUCAAAUGCCGCCUUUGUGACUAUAUAUCAAGUGAUAGUAAUACGGUUUUACAACAUAUGAGUGAUGUACAUUUCAAAUUGAAAAAAUUCCAAUGCCAUCUUUGUGAAUAUUCGACGAGUCGAAAAACUAAUUUGAAACGUCACAUAACAACUGUACAUUUGAAUUUGAAAAAAUUUAAAUGUGAAGAAUGUGCUUAUGCCACAAAUUUGAGUAGUUCGUUGAAAUAUCACAUACAGAAAGUACAUUCAGAUACGGAAACAUAUCCAAAACCUAGAAACUACAAAUGUAAUGUAUGUGAAUUGUCUACAACUUCAAAAAAAGAUUUGAACAAACAUAUCAAAAGUGUUCAUUUGAAGAUUAAAGACUAUCAAUGUGAUAUAUGUGAAUAUAAGGCGAGCAGAAAAACUCAUUUAAAAAGUCAUAUGGAAAAUAUUCAUUCGACUAAAAAGUGCAAACUAUGCGAUUUCAGUACAACUGAGCAAUGGACUUUAAGAAGACAUGUGAAAGACUUACAUCCAGAAAAACUGUAG